UUAUCAUGCCCUACUUUCUACAGCCAUGGGGAACAUGUUGAGAGGUAUCGGUGUGAUAUGAAGAGUCAGUGAGGGUCAGUAUAGAUCUGUGUCCGGUAACAUGUUGCUGGGCUUCAGACCGAGCCUCCGGCUGCUGUCUCCCCGACUUCAGCUCCUGCAGAGCCGCUGCGUCCAGUCAGAACACCCCGCCACAAGUGCUGCUGUGGGCAGCGUGCUCUCUGCUCUCAGGUCUAUAUGUGGAGAGGGUGGCGUCUCAUUUGGUGCAGCUGUGAGAGAACAACACGGCAGGGACGAGUCGAUACACAGAUGCUGUCCUCCAGAUGUGGUGGUGUUUCCUCGUUGUGUGGAGGAGGUCAGCGCCCUGGCCAAGGUCUGCCACCAGCACAACCUUCCCAUCAUCCCCUUUGGCACUGGAACCGGUCUGGAGGGAGGGGUUAGUGCAGUCAAGGGUGGCGUGUGUUUCAGUCUGAGGAACAUGGACCAGGUUCUGGACCUCCACCCGGAGGACUUUGAUGUGGCGGUGGAGCCCGGUGUGACCCGCAAGGCCCUCAACUCCUACCUGAGAGACACCGGCCUGUGGUUUCCUGUUGACCCCGGGGCCGAUGCCUCUCUGUGUGGCAUGGCGGCCACCAGUGCGUCCGGUACCAACGCAGUGCGUUAUGGGACCAUGAGGGAGAACGUUCUGAACCUGGAGGUGGUGCUGGCUGAUGGGACGGUCCUACACACGGCUGGGAGGGGGCGGCGCCCCAGGAAGACAGCCGCCGGGUACAACCUGACCAACCUGUUGGUUGGGUCGGAGGGCACCCUGGGGAUCAUCACCAAGGCAACCCUGCGCCUGUACGGCAUCCCAGAGGCCAUGGUGUCGGCCGUGUGCUCCUUCCCCUCGGUGCAGGCCGCUGUGGACAGCACGGUGCAGAUCCUCCAGGCGGGGGUGCCCAUCGCCCGCAUCGAGUUCCUGGACGAUGUGAUGAUGGAUGCCUGUAACAGGUUCAGCUCUUUAUCCUACGCUGUGAGCCCCACCCUCUUCCUGGAGUUCCACGGCUCGGAGCGAAGCCUGGAGGAACAGGUGCUCACCGCUGAGGACAUCACUCAGAGUAACGGUGGAUCAGAUUUCCAGUGGGCUCGAGAUGCAGGAUCACGGGAGCGGCUGUGGAAGGCUCGCCAUGAUGCCUGGUACGCUGCUCUGGCCCUGAGGCCCGGCUGCAAGGCUUACGCUACAGAUGUGUGUGUCCCUCUGUCUCGCCUGCCUCAGAUCAUCGUGGAGACGAAGCAGGACCUGAUGGAGAACAGACUGACAGGUCCGAUAGCAGGUCAUGUGGGUGACGGUAACUUCCACUGCCUCAUGGUGGUGGAGCCCAGCGACCCCGAGGAGCUGCACAGGGUCCACCUGUUCACUGAGAGGCUGGCCAGGCGGGCCCUGGCCCUGGACGGGACCUGCACAGGGGAGCACGGGGUGGGCCUGGGUAAGAGAGCACUGCUGUGUGAAGAGGUGGGCCCAGAGGCUGUGAAGGUCAUGCAGCGCCUCAAGGACAGCCUGGACCCCAAGAACCUGAUGAACCCUGGGAAGAUUCUGCAGUGAUGGAGUCUGAGGGAAAGACAGAAACAUAAAGAAUCUCGGCUACUGACUAAAUCAAUCAAUGAUUUGUUCUCAAAUAUAUUUUUGAUGAUUCUAAUUAUUUAAAAAUCGUAUUGCUUCUGCAAAGAAAAAAAAAAGUGUUUUCUAUUUCGUAGCGACGGCUGAACUGCGGCAACAACAACAACGUCAUUUAAAAUGACGGCAGCACUUAUGGAGGUUUUCUGUAACUGUCCAAGUCUGUUCAGAGUUUAUUUUCCAUGAACCAGUCUUUAAACACUGACAGAGCCCAUAAUGUGUUCCUGUUAAUGUUUACUUCCUGUCUGUCUUCUUCUGCUGUUCCCGUUAGUGUUUACUUCCUGUCUGUCUUCUUCUACUGUUCCCGUUAGUGUUUACUUCCUGUCUGUCUUCUUCUGCUGUUCCCGUUAGUGUUUACUAUCUGUCUGUCUUCUUCUGCUGUUCCCGUUAGUGUUUACUUCCUGUCUGUCUUCUUCUGCUGUUCCCGUUAGUGUUUACUAUCUGUCUGUCUUCUGCUGUUCCCGUUAGUGUUUACUUCCUGUCUGUCUUCUUCUGCUGUUCCCGUUAGUGUUUACUAUCUGUCUGUCUUCUGCUGUUCCCGUUAGUGUUUACUUCCUGUCUGUCUUCGUUUGCUGUUCCCUUUAGUGUUUGCUUCCUGUCUGUCUUCUUCUGCUGAUUUCUCUCACAUCCAGUGCUCUUAACCUCUUUCUUUCUCUUGUUUUAUUGUUGUCUUUUUCUUUUCCUUACUGGUGAGAGUGUAGCCAUCUUGAAUCCAACAAUGAUUCCAUGGUGUUUCGGAUGGAACUCGUUUUUUUGGCCACUACUGACGUUAAAAUGACAGGACUUUUUUCUGCGGAUUGAGGCAUCUGCACAUUAUCCCUUUAUCAGAGCGUCCUUCUAGCAACAGUCUGUUAUCCUUAGCAAUGGUUUGCUAUCAAUACAAAGAGCAGACCACAGAAUGUUCAAAUAGCAAAUAGGCCAAUAAGAAUUGAGUAUUCAGCUAAGCAAGUAAUUCACUGGGGGCCUUUACGACCUGUCAUAGCAAGAAAAGCCCGGGUGUUUCUAAGAACACUAACAACAUGUUCAGUGUAGUGACAUGCGUCAGCGACAAGGCCCUGUACCAGGAAACUGAAAUCAAAGCGGCCAUCUUCAUUUCAUUAUUUACUUCUGUACAUUCACUUUAAAAAGGAAAAUCAACAUUUGUUCUAUGAAUUCAAGUCAAUCAAGAAUGUUUUUAAUUAAAAAUAGUGGCAGUCCAUUGCUGUACUCUCUAUGUGGGUUUUUCAUGCUAAUAUUAUAAAGCUGUAUUUGAAUUAGGACUGAUUUGCAUAAUUGCCUGCUAAUAAAAAGCCUAUUCCCACUUUAUUACCAAACAGUACAACAAAAUAAACCACCAGUUACUGAA